AUGGAGACCCUCAAAGCAAUGUUCGUGAAGCCAGAUCCGCAGACACAAGUUAGGAAGUGCAACCAGCUUAUACGUCAGAAUACACGGAAGCUCGACCGUGAUAUCGCGAACAUGAAGCUGGCAGAGAACAAGGCACGAACCCUCAUCAUCCAAACCAAUCGUCGGGCACAGCGGAAUCCCGCCCAAGCCAAGCAGGCCGAGAAGGAUAUCCGGAUCUUCGCUCGGGAGCUUGUACGGACGAGGAGACAACAUAACAGACUUGUCACGUCGAAGGCGCAACUCAAUAGUGUAUCGAUGCAGGUUACAGAGGCGUUCGCGGUGCGGAAGAUUGAGGGUAGUAUUCGAUCGAGCGUCGGGAUCAUGAAGGACGUCAAUAGCCUAGUAAGGUUACCAGAAUUGACCGGAACCAUGCGGGAAUUGAGUCAAGAGCUUGUCAAGGCCGGUAUCAUCGAGGAGAUGGUUGGAGAUAGUCUUCCAGAUGAGUUAGAGGAGGAAGAUGAGGAAGCAGAGUCUGAGGUGGACAAGGUGCUUGGGGAAAUUUUAUCAGACAAGAUGUCGAAGGUUGGAGCAACGCCUACAACGCCUACACCGGUGCAACAAGAGCCUGUAGCAGAAGAUGAGGACGAGGAAGAUGCCGAGGCCAUGCUAGAUCAGAUGCGUGGACGUCUGGAAGCACUGAAGAGCUAA